CUAGCCGACGUUAGCUGCAUAAACGAAUAUUAUAUCCUAUCGUUACAAUAGUGUAAUUGUAGCUAGUGGCUUAAAUUUUUAGUGGCCGAACUUAUAAUGAUUUUCAAGUGUAUGUUAUAGUUUUUCCUUACGACUAGUUUGCAAAGGAUCUGCAAAUGCUUGAGUAGAGGUUGGUGUGCAGCCCAGGGGGAGAUCAUGGAAUAUGAGAGGCGAGGUGGCCGGGGGGACCGAAUGGGACGCUACGGCAACAACCUGGACGAGCACGAUUACAGGGACAUGGACUAUCGAGGGUACGGGCACGAGGAGGGCGAGCCGGGCGGCGGGUUUGAGGACCGAGGGAUGGACGAGAGGCCCUUCCGACGGGACGACAGAAUGGGGGGAGCGAGGGGGAGGGGGUACGACUCGGGGCCUUUCCCCGACAGCCGUCUGGGGUUCCGGCAGAGAGGCAUGCGGGGCGAAGACGGCAGGCCUGGGAAGGACUUCCCCCGCGGCCCCCACCCACACGCCCAGCCCCCGCACCCCAGGUUCAGACGGGAGGGCCGGGACUAUGAGUUUGAGAGGGAGUACUUCGACAGGGAGCCCGAGGGCCGCAGGAGAGACUUCCGCCCUUUUAGGGGCAUGCAGGAGGGGGGCGUGGGAGGGGCCUACCCCGAUUCUGAAGAGGACAACCCCAGAGAGAUGGAGGAGGAGGGUGGCUGGCACAGGAUGGAAGCUGGUGCGCAAGAUGACUUUCCUGGUGGACGGAGAGGAGAAGAAGGAAAGUUUUCAAGGGGGCCAGACAAGAGACAGCCUCAGGAUUUCACACAGAAGCGAGGGGGCUCAGAGAGGGGAGACCGGGGGCAUGGCAACGGCCCAGAGCCUCCUGUGGAGGAGUCCUUGUCUGGGUUCCCCACCGACCCGGACCUCCGGGACCAGGACUAUCGAGCCGACAUGGACCAGGGCCAGAGGCCCAGCAACAUCAUCAUGCUCCGCAUGCUGCCGCCCACCGCAACCGUCAACGAGGUCAGCACUCUCACCACGAUCCGCUCACAGCUGCAGGAGCAGGGGAUCCAGCCCAGAGAGGUACGGCUGAUGAGGAACAAGUCUUCAGGUCAGAGCCGAGGAUUCGCCUUCGUCGAGUUUAGUCACUUGCAGGAGGCCACGCGCUGGAUGGAGACCAACCAGAGGGUGCUGACGGUCCUGGGGCAGAGGGUGUCCAUGCACUACAGUGACCCCAAGCCGCGCGCCAAUGAGGACUGGCUGUGCAACAAGUGCGGGGUGCAAAACUUCAAAAGGAGAGAGAAAUGCUUCAAAUGCGGAGUCCCAAAAUCAGAAGCUGAGCUGAAGUUGCCCCUGGUCCAUAAAGAGGUUCCCAUAGCCCAUCUGGGCCACCUGAAGGAGUCGGUGCAGGGACUACUGCCCCUGCCCACCAUCCACGCCCCUGCUGCCCCCGUGCUGCCCAUAGUGCCCCCUCAGACUGGGGAGGUGGCCAAUGACACUCUGAUCCUGAGAAACCUGGGCCCCCACACGGCUCUGGAGUCCAUCCUGGCUGCCCUCGCCCCCUUCGCCACACUCUCCCCGUCCAACGUGCGGCUCAUCAAGGACAAGCAGACGCAGCUCAACAGAGGCUUCGCCUUCCUGCAGCUCAGCACCAUCGUGGAGGCCUCCCAGCUGCUGCAGAUUCUGCAGGCGCUGCAGCCGCCCCUCACCAUCGAUGGGAAGAUCAUCGUGGUGGAGUUUGCCAAGGGCUCCAAACGUGACGUGUUCAUGACGGACGGUAGCCGGGUCAGUGCUGCUACAGUGGCCAGCACCGCCAUCGCAGCUGCGCAGUGGGCCGUCACACAGACUGCACAGAGCGCUGCUGCAGGGGCCCCGGGAGGAGAGUACGCUCUGUACCAGCAGGGGGCGUCUGCGGGCCUGUACGGCCAGGAGGGGCAGGAGUACCUGGGGGCUGAGGGGCAGGGCUACGAGGGCCCGGUGGCGGCCGCAGCAGGUGUCCCAGCAGCCCAUGGGGCGGGCCUGAUGGGGGCUUACGGAGGUCCAGCAGCAGCUGCAGUGUCUGUGGAGCCUGAGGUUCCAGGAGUGGAUGCAGCUCAACUUGCACAGACGCAGGCAUCUGCACAGCUGGUCACCACGGCGACCGCCACACUGCCUGUUCAGGCAGCGGUAUACACACAGCCUCCUGCAGCCCAGAAGACGGAGAUCAUUGGGAAGCCCCAGCCUGCAGUUCCCAGUCAGCCAGCCACGCCUGGCACACCCCACGAGUUCCAGCAGUACCCCGUGCCAGACGUGUCUACAUACCAGUACGACGAGAGUUCUGGGUAUUACUACGACCCGCUCACAGGCCUCUACUAUGACGCCAACUCCCAGUACUACUUUAACUCCCAUACUCAGCAGUACAUGUACUGGGAUGGUGAGAGGCACACCUAUGUCCCCGCACCCCCCCAAACCCCUGGAGAGUCUUCCAGUGCCUCUGCAGCCUCUGCCAACGCCCCACCCUCAACCCCUGCCCUCUCCACUCCAAACGCCAAGGACAAAAAGGACAAGCCCAAAACCAAAACAGCCCAGCAGAUAGCCAAGGACAUGGAGCGCUGGGCGAAGAGCCUGAACAGACAGAAGGAGAACGUGCGCUCUCUCUCCGGGGCCCUCUCCUCGUCCGCCGUGUCUCUGCCCGACCAGGCCCGCCCCCCCGGGCACGGGCGGCUCGACGACCGCCGGGAGUCAGCCAGCGCUGACGCCGGCUACGCCAUCCUGGAGAAGAAGGGGGCACUGUCAGAAAGGCCACAGACACUAAUGGACCAACUGAAACGUGUUGACGAGAGAGGGCGGAUCAGCCCUCCUCAGGGCCUGGUGGCGGCCUACAGCGGGGAGAGCGACAGCGAGGAGGAGGGAGGCGCGGAGAGGGGGAGCGAGAAGGAGGAGAAGCUCACAGACUGGUCCAAACUGGCCUGCCUGCUGUGCAGGAGACAGUUCCCCAGCAAGGAGGCCCUGCUCAGGCACCAGCAGCUGUCCGAGCUCCACAAGCAAAACCUGGAGCAGAGGAAGUCCCGGCAGCCGGAACAGGAAGGAGGGGAGGGAGAGCUGAGGUACAGAGACAGGGCAGCCGAGAGGAGGGAGAAGGGAGGUGUCCCCGGGGAACCUGAUGGCAAGAAGAGGAAGUACAGUGCCAUCGAUGGGGUCGCUGGCAACAGCCUUGGUGCACGGAUGCUCCAGGGAGGAGUGAAGAGGAGUCUUCUUGUUCGGAAUAUCCAAGUGGAGUGAAGAAAAUCCAGCACCAUAGCAUGCACCAAGCACCCAGACUUUAGAUUUCUACAAACUCACAAAUUGUACAGACUCAAUGCAACACCAUGAGUGACAAACCGUGCAUUUAAUUAUGAAAAUUAUGCUACGAUUUUUGCUUCCUUUCGGUCUAGCUCCAGUGACCUAUCAAACGUUCCCAAUGAAGGGAUGGCUGGUUUUGUCUGUGCCAAAAUGGCCUUGGUGGAUGGGAAGUUGGUUGUGCAGGUUGGCACUACAGUACAUACAGAUGAGGCCCUGAUCACGGUAGAUGACUCUUAGCGUAUGAUCUGGCUAUGCACCUUUGGCAUAUGCCCUUAACAGAGAUCUACAGACUUACUUUCAGAGUGGUGGUCUGAAUUGAGCCAAGAUUUGGCUUCAGGUUUAUUGUUGAAGCAUAAUUCCGUGAACUUGUUUUUAUAGUCACGGCUAUGAAAUCAUACGGGGAAACUUAGUUAGGACAGUGCAUUGCGGGGAGGAAAAAAAACACCGUUCUAAAGACUGGGCUAGCUGUCAGGGUUUGGUAACUUGUUAAUUGUGUGCGUGCUGCUCACCCUUAUUCGGUCUGCCGUCAUGAAAACGUGACCCUUUUCUGAGAGAUUUGGUGGAAAACUAAAUGCCACGGGCAGGACAGCUGGUUACCUUCAAGAGGAACAUUUUUUAUUUUUGAAAAAUAAAAUGACUUUAAUUUAAAAAAAAGAAAAAGAAAAGUGAAUUAGGUUGGUGAAAUCCUGCCUUUCGGUGUCAUCAGUCUUGGCCCAUGGACCCUUACCUGCUUAAAUUUAAGUGCUCAAAGAGUGGAAUCACGCAGGUAAAUUCACUGCCACUACACAUCACCCAUUUUACCCAGUGUGCCCGAGAUGAUGGUGCUAUGUGGAGCUUUGCGUUUUCCGCGUGUCAUUUUCCGCUUUUGUGAGCCUAUGGUUCCGGCGGAGCUCUCAAUCUUAGUUAACCGCAAUAUCAAUACGAGAACCGUAGACAUCUCGUCUUUCCAGAGCACUGGAGCUAAUAUGAAGGUACAUACGUUCAAAUACAUUUGAAUUCAUUUCAGACUGAAUGAAAAAUGAAAUGUUUUCCUUUGUAUAGAAAUUGCAAUGUCUAGAAUUCAUAAUAAGCUAGAGCUCCCACCAUGGUUACAGAGAGUCCAUGUUGAUUUACAAGUGUAGUAUGGGGUACCCAAGCUUCUACAAAGAGACACUUUAAUUUUAUCCUUGCAAUGGCUACAGACUUGCCUGGUUCUCAAAUUUCCAUUGUGAGGUAGACAAGUUUGGAACAUAGAGCAAACUAUAGGAGACUAUAGGAAAAAGCUAUCUGUCAUAGCUUUUUAGAAUGCAUUGUACAGAAUCUAGGAAUUGCUUCACUCAAAAAAUGUGAACUAUGCAUUUAGCAACUAAUGAUAGUUCUCUGCCCCAGAAUGUGUAAAGUAGCCUUUUUAUAUCUUAUGUUUUACACUAGCUCUGUAUGCAAUGGGAUGUGCUGACUUGAUCCACGGCAAAUUUAUUUGAUGGUAUAUUUUUUUGUAUUUUCUAACAAAUGAGAGUUUUGUUCAUUAGCAUUUUCAAAUGUGACUUUGCACAACAUGUCUUAUGGUCAAAGAAGAAUAACCUAUGUACAGUACUGUUACUUGUAUAAGAUGUUGUCAUUGUAAUGAAUAUUUCUGUCAGUCAUAGGUGUUGCUUUCAGAACCAGAACUGGUUACUUUUAUCAUUUCUUCGUUGCCUGGAGUAAAUCCAUUGCCCCUCGCCUUCCUCCAGGGGCUAGGACAAGGCCUGUUUUCCUGGAGAAUUAUGAAAUGGCCCUCUGACUAAUGUGUUUAUCAGUCGGUACUUUGGAAUUUUAAGAGUAGCCGUGCUUUAAGUAAAACUUAUUUUUUUAGCGUGUCUUCAAAAUGUCAAGCAUUUUCAUGUGAUUAAAUUUAUAACUCCAUUGUAAAAUAUGUGAUUUAAAGUGUAAAUUUCAUACAUAUUAAAGUGAAAUUAAAGCUUCCCCGCAAAA